UCGGAACCGGAAGUGGAGCCUGGGAACCUUGACGUUAGGAACGAAAUCGAACCUGGAUCUGGAGCCGGGUGAGAGCAAGUUGGGGAUGCUCUCAUAAUGAGUGUCAACCAGUCAGCUCCACCUGUGCCACCAUUUGAGCAGCCCCAGCCCAUCUACCCAGGAUAUCAUCAGUCCAGUUAUGGUGGGCAACCAGGAUCAACAGCCCUUCCUACUCACUAUGGAGCCUAUAAUGGCCCAGUGCCAGGCUAUCAGCAGACACCUCCUCAAGGUGUGUCAAGAGCCCCACCUUCCUCAGGGGUACCUCCAGCCUCAACAGCAUCAGCCCCUUGUGGCCAGGCUGCAUAUGGCCAAUUUAGCCAAGGUGAUGUACAGAAUGGGCCAAAUUCCACUGUUCACUUGCAAAGGCUCCCUGGCUCUCAGCAAUUUGGGUCGCCAUUGGCCCCUGUGGUCAGCCAGCCAGCCCUGCUUCAGCCUUACGGCCCUCCCCCGACAAGUGGGCAGGUGACUGCCCAGCUGGCGGGAAUGCAGAUCAGUGGUGCUGUGGCCCCAGUCCCUCCCCCUUCAGGGCUGGGCUAUGGCCUAUCAACACCACUGGCCUCAGCCUCAGGAAGUUUCCCUAACUCUGGUCCAUAUGGCCCUUAUCCUCAGGGCCAGGCUCUUCCCCUUAGCCAGGCCCAAGGACCUCCUGGAGUUCUCCCUCCCCAGCGAUCUGCCCCACCACUGGCUUCCAACUUCACCUCCCCAGCUUCAGGGGGUCCUCGGAUGCCUUCAAUGACUGGUCCACUCCUGCCUGGGCAGGAUUUUGGGGGUCCACCAAUGAGCCAACCCAACCAUGUGUCCUCAACUCCUUCUCAAGCUCUGACCCCAGGCACCCAGAUUACUGGGCACCCAGGACCACUACCACCUAUGCACUCCCCACAGCAGCCAGGUUAUCAGCUGCAACAAAAUGGUUCCUUUGGACCAGCCCGGAGCCCUCAGGCCAAUUAUGGAAGCCCCUACCCUGCAACACCCACAUUUGGCAGCCAGCCAGGGCCUCCUCAGCCACUGCCUCCUAAGCGCCUGGACCCUGAUGCCAUCCCCAGUCCUAUUCAGGUCAUUGAAGAUGACAGGAACAACCGGGGUUCAGAGCCAUUUGUUACUGGUAUACGGGGCCAGGUGCCACCCUUAGUUACCACCAACUUCCUGGUGAAAGACCAAGGUAAUGCAAGUCCUCGAUACAUCCGAUGUACAUCCUAUAAUAUACCUUGUACAUCUGACAUGGCUAAGCAGGCUCAGGUGCCCCUGGCAGCUGUCAUCAAGCCACUGGCAAGUCUGCCCCCAGAGGAGGCUUCACCGUAUGUCGUGGACCAUGGGGAAUCUGGCCCUCUGCGCUGCAAUCGCUGCAAAGCAUACAUGUGCCCCUUCAUGCAGUUCAUUGAGGGAGGGAGGCGCUUCCAGUGCUGCUUUUGCAGCUGUAUCAAUGAUGUUCCCCCCCAGUAUUUUCAGCAUCUGGAUCAUACUGGCAAGCGUGUGGAUACUUACGACCGUCCUGAGCUAUCUAUGGGCUCUUAUGAAUUCCUGGCCACUGUAGAUUACUGCAAGAACAAUAAGAUUCCCAGCCCUCCUGCCUUCAUCUUCAUGAUUGAUGUCUCUUACAACGCCAUUAGGACUGGUCUUGUUAAGCUCCUCUGUGAGGAGCUCAAGUCACUGUUAGACUACCUACCUAGGGAGGGCGGGGCAGAAGAGUCAGCAAUCCGAAUUGGCUUUGUCACCUACAAUAAGGUGCUCCACUUCUACAAUGUGAAGAGCUCAUUGGCCCAACCACAGAUGAUGGUUGUAUCUGAUGUGGCUGACAUGUUUGUGCCACUGCUGGAUGGCUUCUUGGUCAACAUCAAUGAGUCUCGGGCAGUUAUCACCAGCUUACUGGAUCAAAUUCCAGAAAUGUUUUCAGACACAAGAGAGACAGAGACAGUAUUUGCCCCAGUUAUCCAGGCUGGGAUGGAGGCUCUGAAGGCUGCUGAGUGUUCAGGGAAGCUGUUUAUUUUCCACACAUCCUUGCCUAUUGCAGAGGCCCCAGGGAAGCUGAAGAACAGAGACGACAGAAAGCUGAUCAACACAGACAAGGAGAAGACUCUCUUCCAGCCCCAGACAGGUGCCUAUCAGUCUCUGGCCAAAGAGUGCGUAGCCCAAGGCUGCUGUGUAGACCUCUUCCUCUUCCCUAACCAAUAUGUGGAUGUGGCUACACUCUCUGUUGUGCCCCAGCUCACUGGUGGCUCUGUCUACAAAUAUGCUUGCUUUCAGGUGGAAAACGACCAAGAACGAUUUCUGAGUGACUUACGUCGUGAUGUACAGAAGGUUGUUGGCUUUGAUGCUGUUAUGCGAGUCCGGACGAGCACUGGUAUCCGUGCUGUAGAUUUCUUUGGAGCUUUCUACAUGAGUAAUACAACAGAUGUGGAGCUAGCAGGGCUGGAUGGUGACAAGACAGUGACAGUGGAGUUCAAGCAUGAUGAUCGGCUCAAUGAAGAGAGUGGAGCGCUCCUGCAGUGUGCCCUGCUUUAUACUAGCUGUGCAGGACAGCGUCGACUCCGCAUCCACAACUUAGCCCUGAACUGCUGCACCCAGCUGGCUGAUUUGUAUCGAAACUGUGAGACUGACACACUCAUCAACUACAUGGCCAAGUUUGCAUACCGUGGUGUUCUGAAUAGCCCUGUGAAGACUGUGCGUGACACUCUCAUUACCCAGUGUGCUCAGAUCCUGGCCUGUUACAGAAAGAACUGUGCCAGCCCCUCCUCUGCAGGACAGCUGAUCCUUCCUGAGUGCAUGAAGCUACUCCCAGUUUACCUGAACUGUGUGUUGAAGAGUGAUAUCCUGCAGCCUGGAGCUGAGGUUACUACUGAUGACCGGGCCUAUGUCCGCCAGCUGGUUACUUCCAUGGAUGUCGCUGAGACCAAUGUCUUCUUCUACCCUCGGCUCCUACCACUGACAAAGUCUCCUAUUGAGAAUACCACUGAACCCCCAGCAGUUCGAGCAUCUGAAGAACGUUUAAGCAAUGGUGACAUAUAUUUGCUGGAGAAUGGACUCAACCUCUUCCUCUGGGUGGGAGCAAGUGUUCAACAGGGUGUUGUCCAGAGCCUUUUCAACGUCUCCUCCUUCAGUCAGAUCACCAGUGGCUUGAGUGUUCUGCCAAUUCUGGAUAAUCCACUGUCAAAUAAGGUUCGAGGCCUCAUUGAUAGCUUAAGAGCACAGAGAUCGCGGUACAUGAAGUUGAUCGUGGUGAAACAAGAAGACAAGCUGGAGAUGCUGUUCAAACACUUCCUGGUGGAAGACAAGAGCCUGAGUGGGGGAGCAUCUUAUGUGGACUUUCUCUGUCAUAUGCACAAGGAAAUUCGGCAGCUACUGAGCUAAAGCAAGUGGGUAAAUAAUGUAGGGUCCCAGGCCAGCUUCCAGAAAGUACCCCGGGAUGGCAGAGGAUUGGGAUAGUUACAUAUCUGAUAAGUCAUGUAUGCUGACCUCAGUCUCUGUGGAGGGAGGGGGGGAUAUAAGGACACACCUUUCUGGGCUCAAGUAUGCUACCAUUCUGUCAUGUCCUGCUGAUGGAAGGUGUCCCUGACUUCUCACUCUGCCCUCCUUUUCCUGCUAAUCCUGUUGUAAUGAAUGUAGUUUCUCAGUUCACUGUAUAUGAUUCAGUGUUGGGGGUUUGGAGGCACCCUAAUACUGGCAAUAUUGUGUCCCUUUGGACCAGCCUCCAAGAGGAGGGGGCACAGGAAAGAGUGGGGGGGUUCCAGGGGUUACUACAGGAGGUGGUGAAUUUAGCUCAACAACUUCCUAUAUUAGGGAUAAAA